CGUAAAGCCGAGCGCCAGGAGAAGAAGAAACCGCCUCCUCCACGGAGAAAGCCAGUCUUUCAGCAGCGAAAGGCAGUGAAGGAGCCCUCUAGCGAAGAUGAACAUGCAGAGGAGGAACAGGCUCCAAGGAUAAAAUCUGCAAUCCCCACGAAGGAUGCAAAGCCAACGAGAUCAAUACUGAAGCGGAAGUCGCCCAGUCCGCAGGAGUCCGAGGAGGAAGGUGGGAGUGAUGUCGGGAUAGAGAGUGAGGUUGACAGUGGAGAAGAAAGCGACUAUCCAGUUGCUCCAGUGGUAUCCAAAGCUGUCAAAGCGAGGCUGGAAGAAGACGAUGCGGAAAUCGCCGCCCUGGAAAAGAAGCUGGGAAUCAAGGGCAAGAAGUCAAAGAAGGUAGGCGACGAUGAGUUGGACUGGCUUGUCAACGGGUCGGAUGGUGAGGAAGAGCGAUUACAGCCUGGCAAGCGGAAAAGGCCUGAUGACGACGACUGGCUGCGUGAUAAGAGGCGAAAGGCAAAGGCAAGCGGUACUGUGGUAGAGGUGCAGCAGGAAGAUACGGAGGAUGAUGACAGCGGCGGAGGAGAGGGCGAGGAGGAGGAUGAAGAUGAGGAUGGUAUGGACGACAUCGAGAAUCCCUUUUCUGAGGACGAAGACUUCAGCGACUUCGACGAGGAGGACGCAGAGCCGGACGAACGGCCGGCACCGAAGAAAGUUCGAGAGAACCCAUAUGUUGCGCCCGUGACAAGCGACGCAGUACCGGUAGCGAAGUACGUUCCGCCAUCGAUGCGAAAGGCGGCCUCAUCCGAUGAAGAACUACUCAAGCAACUGAGAAGACAGCUCCAAGGACAGCUCAACCGUCUCUCCGAGGCGAAUCUGGUGUCCAUUCUUCAAUCUGUGCAGGAGGUGUAUGUCAACAAUGCGAGGCAGCAUGUCACAUCGGUCUUGGUGGAACUGCUGGGAGGACUCGUCUGUGAUCCAUCCGUACUGAACGACACCUUUCUCAUCCUCCACGCUGGGUUUGCGGCAGCGCUGUACCGAACUGUUGGGACCGACUUUGGUGCCCAAUUGCUUGAAAACAUCGUUCAAGCCUUCGACAAGCAUCAUGCUGAAGAUUCGGAUGGGAAGCAGACCCUCAACCUGCUGGCAUUCCUCUCCAAUCUCUACACCCUGCAAGCGACCGGCUGCGAAAUCAUCUUCGACUACAUUCGAAUGCUCCUCGACAACUUCUCCGAAGCAAACACCGAGCUCCUUCUCCGUGUGAUCCGUAUAUCCGGCGCUCAACUCCGUCAAGACGACCCGUCUGCAUUGAAAGACAUCGUUCUCCUCCUCCAGCGCUCCACCUCGAAGAUUGGCGAAGCGAACCUCUCCGUCCGGACGAAGUUCAUGAUCGAGACGAUCCAUAAUCUCAAGAACAACCGCAUGAAGACUGGUGUCGCGGCCUCCGCUCUCAGCGCCGAGCACAUGCAACGCAUGAAGAAGAUCCUCGGCACACUGAAAGCUGUCAAGACCACGGAACCGCUUCGCAUUGCGCUCGCCGACAUCCGCGACAGCGAGAAGAAAGGUAAAUGGUGGCUCGUAGGCGCCAGCUGGCGAGAUCCCGCCAAGAUGGCCAACAAUACUGCCAGCUCCUCAUCAGCGCCAUCAACCUCGAUCCCUUCCAUACCAGACGACCCGGGCUCCGACUCUGACACUCCUGAUCUCUCCGCCUUGGCCCGCACGCAAGGCAUGAACACAGACGUUCGCCGCGCCAUCUUUAUUGCCAUCGCCGGCGCUGUCGAUUUCAAGCACGCCCACCUCCGCAUUCAAAAGCUCGCUCUCAAAUCCAAACAACUACUAGAAAUCCCCCGCGUACUGAUCCACUGCGUCGGCGCGGAGCCGGUGUAUAAUCACUUCUACACUCUUGUAGCGACGCAAUUCUGCGGAGAGCAUCGCUUUCGAAAGGCGUACCAGUUCGCUUUGGUAGAUGUCUUCAGACGUAUGGGCGAGGUGGAUGCUGGUGCGGAAGAAGACGACGAUGGCGAAGAGGGGCAGGAGGAGUUGGGAGUCAGGAAGGUGUAUAACCUCGCGAAAAUGUUUGCGACGCUAGUGGCAGAGGGGCUGCUGCGGGUCACGAUUCUCAAGCCGCUGAGUGGGAGUCUGGCGGACUUACAACCAAAGACGAGGAUCUUCGUGGAGGUGCUGUUGACGACUGUGUUGGGAAAGGGCAAGAAAGAGGAGAAGGAAGAGUUCUUCGAAGAGGAGGUCAGGGAGAUCUUCGAACAGGCGCAUGCUGUGCCGGAGAUGGUGUUGGGUUUGAAGUGGUUUGUGAGUAAGGUUGUGAGUAAGGCGGAGGUCGCUGCGAAUGAGAAAGAGAGGAAAGUGGUCGUUUUGGGCUGUGAGGUCGCGCUGAGGACGCUG